GCGAGCCAUCGAGCGAAAGCAAAGAAGAACAAACCAUCCAGUCACCAACUCGUCUGCAGAGACACCUUUACUCCGAGGCAUCAUGAAGACCCUGACUCUCCUCUUCGUCUGUGCUUUCCUGUCAGUGUGCUGGUCCAUGGGAGCUGUGGAACCAGAGGUUGUGGUGGAUCCUGCUGCAGACACGGCUGCUGAUGCUGCACCUGCUGACCCCGCAGCCCCUGACUCAUCUGCCUCAUCCUCCGCCUCAGACUCAUCCUCAUCCUCAUCCUCAUCUUCAUCCUCCGAGUCUGAUUCGGCCUCAUCCUCUGCAUCCGACUCUGACUCCUCCUCAGACUCUUCAGCAUCCGACUCCUCAGCUUCAGACUCAUCCUCUUCAUCCUCUUCUUCGUCCUCCUCGUCCUCCUCUGAAUCUUCUGAGUCUGCUGAAUCAUCCGAGUCCUCUUCCCAGUCCUCCGAGUCAUCCGAGUCUUCAGAGUCCUCCGAGUCCUCCGAGUCUUCCGAGUCUUCUGCUUCUGAUUCUGACUCCAACUCUUCAUCCUCUUCCUCCUCAUCUUCAUCAGAGUCUGCUGAGGGUAAUGGAGCUCCUGCUCAAGUGGUCAUGAAGAGAGAUCUGGCUGCUGUCCUCCUGAGGAGAAGAAGAGCUGCAGGACCACUCUCUCCUCUUCAGCUGGAGAGUCUGAGGGAGGUGUGUGAGCUGAACAUAGGCUGCGACGAGAUGGCCGAGACCGCAGGCAUCGUCGCUGCCUACACCGCCUACUACGGACCUCCUCCAUUCUAAAGAAAAAAAAAAAAGACUCUUGAACUGUUUUGUUUUUUAUUUUAUCGUAGAAAACUGCAACACCUUCCCUGAAUCCAGAAAAGAAAUGGGUGUGGCCCGUGCUGUUGAGAUGUUAGAUGGAGAUUUUUUUUUUUUUAGGAUCUUUUAGUCUUUGCACAAUCGACCAGAGAUGGUCGCCCUGUACGAAAAGGCCUCUUCCAGGUUUUCAUUGAGAGGCACAUGGAUACACAAGCCUGUGAAGUCUGUAGUAGCCCAUGGAAGUUUAAAUUAUUAACUUCUAUAGUCUUAUGCAAUAAAUGGUGCUACAAGUGCAAAUGUAUUGUAUGAUAAUGUAUUGAUAUUUGUUUUGUUUUGUUUUUUACAUUGUGGUGUAGACGCAGUAGAAGUAGUUGUAAUGAGUUCUUAGACGUACUGUAGUUUUAGUAUAGUUAAUGAAUAGUGGUAGUAGUAGAAGUAGUGUUUAUUGUGUGUAAAAAUGCACAUCGGAUACCUGUAAUGACUGUAGCCACAAAUUGCCUCUGGGUUUGAAAUAAAUUAUUUGUUUUGUGGACA